ACAUGCUGCGAGUGUCGCCCUCUAUGGGUCAGGUGCUGGAGAUGAACACGACCCUGCGCCACCUGCUGUUCCUGCUGGAGUACUGCAUGGUGACGGGCUACGACUGGUGGGACGUCCUGCUGCACGUGCAGCCCACCAUGGUCCACAACCUGGUGGAGAAGCUGCACGAGGAGUACAUGAGGCAGAACCAGGCGCUGCAGCAGGUCCUGGCGACGCGUAUCGUGGCGGUGAAGGCGUCUCUCUGUAAACUCUCCACGGCGACGGCGGCUCGAGCCUGCGACUUCCACGCCAAACUGCUGCUGAUCGCCAUCAGCUCCACCUUAAAGUCUCUGCUGAGGCCCCACGUCCUCAACACACCAGACAAGAGUCCAGGAGACCGGCUGGCCGAGAUCUGUGCCAAGAACACUGACACGGGUAAGAGACCCGAGGGACCUGGGGGACAG